ACUCAGCCUUAAUUCCUGUCUCAUUGAUGGGUACAAGCACAUCCUGAGCCACGACCCCGUUGGUCCUCUUGAACGCUGUUUCUUUCCAUUUCAGCUUUUCCGUUAUAUUUGCUCCCUCGAACGCGAAAAGACAACUUCUCUGUCCUAAGCAACUCUCCAAAGAUUCCCACACCUCUCCUUCUUCUAACUCUUCUUCUCUUCCCCAGCACGAUCCCCUGCCUAAAAACCAAACCUAAUCCGCUGAAAAGGGGAGUGCCUUGCUCCUCUCUCCGACAGUUACCGGUCCUUCCUCAUGCUUCUCGUUGAUAAAACCGACCCGCAAUCUCGCUAGACACCGCGACGCCAUCCAAAUCGAUGUGGCCGAUGAUCCCGAAGACCGCUCUGUCCACCCUCCUCCUCUUGGCCGGCGUGGUCUUGCCUAUUAUCACGGCGGAGGGGCGUAGAGCCGUCCAGCCGUCCUGCAGCCAGACCUGCGGCACUGGCAUGCCCGCGAAGCAGAACUUAACGUACCCUUUUGGGUUCUCCCCGGGCUGCCCGAUCCAGCUCAACUGCACGGAGGACGGGAACGCCCUCGUGGGGGAUUUCCUAGUGCAGUCCGCUGGCCCAGACGCCGUCACCAUCACCAUCGAGGCCAAGUGCGACCGCCCGUUCGGGUCCAUCGAGCAGCUCUACGGCAGCAACUACGCGCCGAUGGGGAACAACGCGAUCCUGCUCAACAAUUGCACGAAGGCCUCCCCCUGCGAUGUGCCCAAUACGAAGGUCAUCCAGGCUCAUUUCCAGUCCCUCUGCCAGCCAAGCAACAAGACCAACACCAGCAUGAGCUGUUUCUCCGAGGAGGCGAACAGCUACACCGCCACGUUUCUCAACCGCAGUAGGCUCCUCUCCCUCGGCUGCCAGUACUUUCUGUCAGCGAUAUCGGCGGAACAGCAGAACAACGUGUCGGUGUCGCUGGGCAUCCAGAUGCUACAGCUGGUGUGGUGGCUGAACGGCGACGGUUGCGAGUGCUCCGAGGACGCGGACUGCUUUAAGCUCUUGGGGCUGCCGAACGGCGGCGGAAAUGGGUUCCGGUGCAAGUGCAAGGAGGGGUUCCUUGGCGACGGGUUCUUGGCCGGCACCGGCUGCCAGAGAGACGCAUUCAUGUGCAAUCCUGCAAAGUAUCUCUCUGGCCAAUGUGGAGGAACCACCAGAAUAAUUGUUCUAGUUGGAGGUGUUGUGGUUGGGGCUUCCCUCAUGAUCAGUUUGGGCUUGAUCUGCUGUUUCUUUCGACGGCGGAACAAGUGGAAAGCUCAACUCACUGUGCAGCGCCGUCUGUCCGAGGCCUCGGGCCGGAGCAGCAUCACCUUCUAUCCCUACAAAGAGAUCGAGAGAGCCACGAAUUACUUCGCAGAGAGGCAGAGGUUGGGGACCGGGGCAUUCGGGACAGUCUACGCGGGGAAAUUGAACGGCAACGAGGAGUGGGUCGCCAUCAAGAGGAUCAAACAGAGGGACAGCGUCGAGCAAGUCAUGAAUGAGAUCAAGCUCCUGUCGUCCGUGAGCCACCCCAACCUGGUCAAGCUCCUCGGUUGCUCGAUCGAGAAAGGUGAGCAGAUCCUCAUCUACGAGUUCAUGCCCAACGGCACAUUGUGCCAGCAUUUGCACAGGGAGAGGGGUCAAGGACUUGCCUGGCCGAUCAGACUCAAAAUCGCCAUAGAAACUGCUCAAGCAAUUGCCCAUCUCCACUCCAUUAAGCCCCCAAUAUACCAUCGAGACGUCAAGUCAAGCAACAUUCUUUUGGACUACAAUUUCAUGUCCAAGGUCGCGGAUUUUGGCCUUUCGAGACUCGGCAUGCUCGAGGACUCCCACAUCUCGACCGCCCCGCAGGGCACCCCGGGCUAUCUCGAUCCCCAGUACCAUCAGGAUUUCCAUCUUUCCGACAAGUCGGACGUCUACAGCUUAGGCGUAGUACUCAUGGAGAUCAUCACGUCGUUGAAGGUCGUGGACUUCUCGCGGCCUCAGAACGAAGUGAACUUGGCCAAUUUGGCCACGGAUAGGAUUGGGAGGGCGCGGUUGGAUGAGAUCAUCGACCCCAUCCUCAACGUGCACAAGGACGAGUGGACGUACUUGUCCGUGCAGAAGGUGGCCGAGGUGGCAUUCCGGUGCCUCGCGUCUCACCGGGACAUGAGGCCUACCAUGAAGGAAGUCGCGGACGAAUUGGACCGGAUCAGGCUCAGUAGAUGGGCUGCUUCCGAAGCGAAAAGCGGCACGACUUUGUCUGAGACGUCUUCAUGCUCCUCUUCUCCGGGCAGUAUCAGCGAGAAGUUGCUAAUUUGUCCCGAAAAGAGAGCCGAACCGGAGAUUAGAAAGGAGAUCAAUGUCGGCGAUCAAAGCGGAGGUAGCACCAUGAGCUCAACCGGGAGCGCAGCGGAUAAUUCGGCAGCAUCAAUGAAAGAUUCAUGUAUAAGUGAAGAGAACUCUCCCUCAUCAAACAGUUUACUCCCUAAGGCGAUUCAGUGACUUAAGUGCCUCUUCCAUCGAUCCGAAGCUUUUACAUCCCCUGUCAAAACACCACUAGUGUAAUUCAAUAAAUCAAGCUUUCUCUCUUACUUGCUGGAUUAUAGAC